GAGAGCUUGGCAGUGGCCACCACGGCUGCAGCUGUGACGAGCGCCGAAAACGUGUUUGUCGCUCCACACAGCCGAAGCCAGCCCAAAGCUCAGUGCGAGCCAUUGACGCCGGAGAAGCGGCCGCAACCCGGGUCUCUCAACAACUCUCCACUCCGUCCACCCCCCUCCGCCUCCGUCCCUCGUCACUGACCCGAGUCCCGCCCGCAAGCCAUGUCUACGACGCUGUACCGGCUCGCCGGCCGCAGCGCCAAGCGGCUCUGCACACGGACGUCGUCCGCGCUCACCACCGCCAUCUCAUCAUCACAUCCCGCCCGCGCCUUCUCCGCCUCGGCCCUCCGCCGCUACGCCGAGCCCGAGAACUACCAGGGUACACGCCUAAUCCCGACCGGCCCCGACUUCGCGACUGCCGCCAGCCCCUACGACUUCCCGUCGCAGCGGCCCGACGGCGACGCCGGCGCCGACGCGAGAAAAUCCCUCGAGGACUCGGUCGAGAACCGCAAGGUGCGCCACUACACGGUCAACUUCGGCCCGCAGCACCCGGCCGCGCACGGCGUGUUGCGCCUGAUCCUGGAGCUCAAUGGCGAGGAGAUCGUCCGGGCGGACCCGCACGUCGGCCUGCUGCACCGCGGCACCGAGAAGCUGUGCGAGUACAAGACGUACCUGCAGGCGCUGCCCUACUUUGACCGGCUCGACUACGUCUCCAUGAUGACCAACGAGCAGUGCUUCUCGCUCGCCGUCGAGAAGCUGCUCAACAUCGAGAUCCCCGAGCGCGCCAAGUUCAUCCGCACCAUGUUCGGCGAGAUCACCCGCAUCCUCAACCACCUCAUGUCCGUCCUCUCCCACGCCAUGGACGUUGGCGCGCUGACGCCGUUCCUGUGGGGGUUCGAGGAGAGAGAAAAACUGAUGGAAUUUUAUGAGCGCGUCUCGGGCGCCCGUAUGCACGCCGCCUAUGUCCGGCCCGGCGGCGUCCACCAAGACAUCCCCAUCGGCCUGCUCGACGACAUCUACCAAUGGGCGACGCAGUUCGGCGACCGGAUCGACGAGACGGAGGAGAUGCUGACGGACAACCGCAUCUGGAUCAACCGGCUCAAGGGCGUGGGCGUCGUGUCGGCGGCGGACGCGCUGAACCUGUCGUUCACGGGCGUGAUGCUGCGCGGGUCGGGCGUGCCGUGGGACAUCCGCAAGAGCGCGCCGUACGACGCGUACGACCAGGUCGAGUUCGACGUGCCGGUCGGCGUCAACGGCGACUGCUACGACCGGUACCUGUGCCGCAUGGAGGAGUUCCGCCAGUCGCUGCGCAUCAUCCACCAGUGCCUCAACAAGAUGCCCGCCGGCCCCGUCCGCGUCGAGGACUACAAGAUCUCGCCCCCGCCCCGCGCCGCCAUGAAGGAGAACAUGGAGGCCCUGAUCCACCACUUCCUGCUCUAUACCAAGGGCUACGCCGUGCCCCCCGGCGACACCUACACCGCCAUCGAGGCCCCCAAGGGCGAGAUGGGCGUGUACGUCGUCAGCGACGGCAGCGAGCGCCCCUACCGCGUGCACAUCCGCGCCCCCGGCUUCGCCCACCUCGCCGGCUUCGACCAUGUCUCGAAGGGCCAUUUGCUGGCUGAUGCUGUGGCCGUCAUUGGCACCAUGGAUCUGGUGUUUGGUAAGUGUUCCCCCCUUCCCCCCUUUUUCGAUUUCGGAACCACCCCGCCUUUCUGCCCUGAAUGCAAGUGGUUGUUUGAGUGCUGACUUUUUUUUCCCUUUUUUUCCUCUUUUCUUC